AUGGAUUCUAUAUUUGUUUCAGCGCGAGCGUCGCUUCUAGAAUUGCAAGAUGAAAGAGAAAUUGUUAUCCGCAAUUGUCGCGAUAUCACAGCCUAUUCUAAGAAGAUCAUCUUUUCUGGCCAGAGAAUAAAAGCCGUUCCAAUAAGGUCCGGCAAUUAUAAGGAAAUAAAGACUAAUUUUUCAAUAAUAGCCUUGAGACUAGCCCAAGUAAACGAAUCCUAUAUUGCGAGUGCCCAGAAGGGAUCACUUAGAGGGACAAUAGCCUCAGCAUGUGAAGAGUUGAUAGAAGCUUUGACUUUCAUCUACUAUGUGGGCAAUAAGAAACUCUUGAGCUACGAAAAGAUGGUGGAAAUCAUUAAAGGAAUGAUACGAGCUAAUACUGGAAAUAACAUAGACGAACUUAUAUUGGACAAAGCAUUGAAAGCUUGUGUUUAUGAUGACGAGCAAGAAUUAGAAGAAGUAGAAGUGGAUGUGGAGCUAGCUAUCAUAGACAGACCAGACUAUUUCAUGGGCCUAUUUGAUCUAACAGGUGAAAUCAUGAGAUUCACCAUUACCAACUUGCAAGAUUACCGUCUGGAGUUGGAUAGUGGGUUUACCUUUGAGAAUUACACGUUUAUGAAAGCUCUCUAUGCUGAGGUAUGCAGUUUCUUGAACAAAUACCCUAAGUUAUCGGUAUACAAGGGGGAGUGGAGCAAUCGCCACGAUCCCAAAGGAGCAUCUGUUUUACGCAAGAAGCUUGAGGUGUUCAAGCAGUCGCUUCUGAAGGUGGAAAAGUCGCUUUUCCAGGUGCUUGUGCGAGGCAAAGAGGAGGUUUCGUUACAAGAUAUAAAUUAA